UUUUAAUUAAUCUUUCUCCCUUUCUUUUUUGCCUGCUUUUUGCUGAAAAUAGGAGAGAAUUUUGUGCAGUUAAUUCGACAUUUGUAACCAUUUUGCUGAACUAACUAUUCAUUUCGUGAAAAUUACUCCUUCCCCAUUUAAUUUUGACACAAAUUUCCUCGUGAAACUACGGAAUUCGUCUCCAUCUCUCCAGAUUUUCCAUUUUCUUCACUCUCCUCCUUGAGAUCCCAUUCUUCAAUCUUCAAUAUUCAAUCCUGUGCCUCGAAUCAGUUUUUGUUUUUGCUUUUGCAAUUCGAGCAAGCGUUAAAAGGUUUUAUUCCACUUCUCCACGUUUUUGCAACUGGGCUUCCGAUCAAAUCCCACAUUGUACUUUGAAGAUUGAAUCUUUGGGACACCACGGCGCACAUUCGACAUCCGGCGCAUGAAAAUGUUUGUGUUUGUGUGCGAAUUCUAUGUCAUGCUAAGGAUGGUUCGAAAAUGAGAUGUCGGCGGUGGAAAUGCCGGCGAAAUGGAGAUUGGCGUUAGAUCAGAGAGGAGUAUGGAGAAAGUGCCGCCAUUGUUGGGGCAGGUGAUGCCGAGGACGCGGCUUCAAGUGUGGUUUAUUAGGGUUUGUUCCACCAUCCUAAUAUGGACGUGUUUGGUUCAGCUUGUGGCAGUGGGGCAUCUAUGGCAUCCUCAUUUGCUUUCCAGAUUCAUGGGUUUCACCAAAAUGUCUGCUCGCGACCAACCCUCAUUGCCUCCUCCUCCUCCUCCUGUUCCUGCCCGGAAUUACUCGAGCAAUGGUUUUCUAAGAGUAUCUUGCAAUGGCGGCUUGAAUCAGAUGCGUUCCGCGAUCUGUGACAUGGUGGCUGUUGCUCGGCUUUUAAAUCUUACGCUGGUUGUUCCUGAGCUUGACAAAACAUCGUUCUGGGCUGAUCCUAGCAAUUUUGAGGAUAUAUUUGAUGUGAGCCAUUUCAUCAAUUCAUUAAGAGAUGAAGUUCGGAUAAUCAAGAGGCUGCCGAAGAAAUUCAGUGCGCGUUAUGAACAUCAACCUCUUGAGAUGCCGCCUGUUAGUUGGUCCAAUGAGCAAUACUACUUGCAACAGAUCCUGCCUCUUUUUCGCAAGCACAAAGUGAUACACUUCAACAGGACAGAUUCCCGGCUGUCGAACAAUGGGAUCUCUUUGGAGCUUCAGAGGCUGAGAUGCCGUGUAAAUUUUCAGGGGCUAAAGUUCACGCCUAAAAUAGAGGAGUUUGGAAACAAAUUGAUUCGUAUUAUACGGGGGAAGGGACCUUACGUGGCAUUGCAUUUACGAUAUGAGAUGGAUAUGUUGGCUUUCUCAGGUUGCACUCAUGGCUGCACUGAUCAAGAAGCCGAAGAGCUCAAAAGAAUGAGGUAUGCAUUUCCAUGGUGGAAGGAGAAAGAGAUCAUAUCAGAAGAACGAAGAUCACAGGGCCUAUGCCCUCUCACUCCGGAAGAGACUUCUUUGAUUCUACGGGCGUUGGGUUUCGACAAAAACACCCAAAUCUACAUUGCAUCGGGCGAGAUCUAUGGCGGCGAAAGGAGGCUUACAGCCCUAAGAGCUGCCUUUCCAAGGAUUGUGAAGAAGGAAAUGCUGCUUGAUCCUGAAGAUCUGAGGCAGUUCCAAAACCGUUCGUCACAAAUGGCAGCGCUGGAUUUUAUGGUAUCUGUAGCCAGCGAUGUUUUUGUUCCUACAUACGACGGCAACAUGGCGAGGGUGGCUGAAGGCCACCGGAGGUAUCAAGGGCACAAGAAAACAUUCCAAUUGGAUCGAAGGAAAAUUGUGGAACUGCUGGACUCUUACCAGAAUGGAACACUAGUGUGGGACGAGUUCUCAGCUGCUGUCCGGCUGGCCCAUGAACAAAGAAUGGGACAGCCAACGCGCCGAAAGGUCAUCCCAGACAAGCCUAAAGAAGAAGACUAUUUCUACGCUAAUCCUGAAGAGUGCCUGUGCGACGACGCGGGUUGUGGCAACUCAUCAGGCCCUAGCAACUCAACUCAAGUACAGUGAGGCAAUCGGUCGGAAAUCUCCUCAGGUUCAGGACCCCUGCAAUGUGAUCCUAUUUCUAUAUAGGCUAAGUGACUGAAAGCAGCACAACACACCAUUAAUAAACCAGGCUUGAAUGGAAAAAAAACAAGAAAGCUUGUAGGGAAUCACAACAGAAGCAGGUGAAACAAUGGAUGAGAAGAGAAAUGAGGGGUUGUGUUUUUAGGGCUUAAACUUCUGACGUGCAUUCUGUUCAUAGCUAUCUAUUUUCUUGUUCAAAUGGCAGGCAGUUCCACAACUUCUUGAUA